AUGUACAGCAUGAUGAUGGAGACGGACUUGCACUCCCCUGGCGGAGCCCAGGCCCCCACGAACCUCUCGGGGCAGACCGGAGCGGGAGGCGGCGGAGGCGGCGGCGGCGGCGGCGGGGGAAACAAAGCGAACCAGGACCGGGUCAAGAGACCCAUGAACGCCUUCAUGGUGUGGUCGCGGGGCCAGCGGCGGAAGAUGGCCCAGGAGAACCCCAAAAUGCACAACUCGGAGAUCAGCAAGCGCUUGGGGGCCGAGUGGAAAGUCAUGUCGGAGGCCGAGAAGAGACCGUUCAUCGACGAGGCGAAGCGGCUGCGAGCGCUGCACAUGAAGGAGCACCCGGAUUAUAAAUACCGGCCCCGGCGGAAGACCAAGACCCUGCUCAAGAAGGACAAGUACUCGCUGGCCGGGGGGCUGCUGAGCGCCGGCUCGGCCGGGGGAGGCCCGGCCGGCGUCGGCGUGGGCAUGGGCGUCGGCGUCAGCCCGGGCGGCGUCGGGCAGCGGCUAGAGAGCCCCGGCGGCACGGCCAGCGGCGGCUACGCGCACAUGAACGGCUGGGCCAACGGCGCCUACCCGGGCUCGGUGGCGGCGGCGGCGGCGGCGGCGGCGAUGAUGCAGGAGGCGCAGCUCGCCUACAGCCAGCACCCGGGCAGCGGGGGGCACCCGCACCACCCGCACCCACACCACCCGCACCACCCGCACAACCCGCAGCCCAUGCACCGCUACGACAUGGGUGCCCUGCAGUACAGCCCCAUCUCCAACUCGCAGGGCUACAUGAGCGCCUCGCCCUCGGGCUACGGCGCCCUGCCCUACGGCUCCCAGCCCCACCAGAACUCGGCGGCGGCGGCGGCGGCAGCGGCAGCGGCGGCGGCCGCCUCCUCGGGUGCGCUGGGCGCCCUGGGCUCGCUGGUGAAGUCGGAACCCAGCGUGAGCCCGCCCGUCACCUCUCACUCGCGGGCCCCGUGCCCCGGGGACCUGCGGGAGAUGAUCAGCAUGUACUUACCGGCCGGGGAAGGCGGGGAUCCGGCGGCCGCUGCCGCCCAGAGCCGGCUCCACUCCCUGCCCCAGCACUACCAGAGCGCCAGCACGGGGGUGAACGGCACCGUUCCCUUGACGCAUAUCUGA